AUGGCCCCUGUGCGGCAACUGCGGGUGAAUGUAACGGACUACGAAAAUAUCAUUGAACCCGACGUCUGGUUGCAAGUGAUCUACACCUCUGCGGCCCUCUUCUUCGUUCUCUCGCUCCGGGGUCUCAGUCGACAAGAAAGUGCAAAAAUGGGAAACAUUUACGGAGUCAUUGGCAUGCUCGUGGCAGUUAUCGGAACGCUGGUGUCGCCUUUUGUAUACGACCGAGCGCUGUGGAUUUUUUUCGUCGUCUGCGUCCCUCCUGCGGUUAUCUCCGUUAUCGCCGCUAUGCUGGUCAAGAUGACCUCCAUUCCUCAACUAGUGGGGGCGUUGAAUGCAUUUGGAGGCCUGGCAGCCACACUGGAAAGCUUCGCUCUCUAUUUCUCUCCGUACGAGGUCGCAAAGCAAGAGGCAAUGCAGUCUGUGGCAGAGACGCGGUACCUCCAAUUCCAGGUAUACCAGACUGUCUUCUAUCUGACUGGCGCUUCAAUUGGAAUGAUUACCUUUACAGGUUCCUUGGUGGCGUGCGGCAAGCUGUCGGGGUGGGUUGCGUCCAAGCCGCGAGUGAUGCCAUUGCGCUGCCUGUGGAUGCCCGUCGUCCUCGCGUUGCUUCUGGCGGCGGGUGCGGGGGCGGGCGUGUUGGGACUGGACAACAUCCCCGUUGGCGCUGUGUGUCUGUCGCUCUGCACGUUUUUGUCCGCUCUCUACGGCGUCUGUUUCGUUCUCGCCAUCGGCGGCGCCGAUAUGCCGGUGGUGAUUUCGGUGCUAAACAGCGGCAGUGGAUGGGCUGGCGUGUUUGCGGGGUUGACGCUCCAAAACAGCAUUAUCAUCAUCGCGGGAGCGUUUGUGGGCGCCUCGGGCAUCAUUUUGUCCUACGUGAUGUGCACGGCGAUGAAUCGGUCUCUCUGCAACGUCCUGCUCGGCGGAUUCGGCGACACAGGCCAGGAGACCAGUGAGCAGGCGUUCGCGGGCGAAGCAAAGAUCGCCACCACCGAGCAAGUCUGCGCGUACCUUCUCGCGUCGAAAAGCGUGGUCAUCGUGCCGGGAUACGGGAUGGCGGUCUCGCACGCCCAGUUCGCCGUCCACGAGUUGACGCAGCAGCUACGCGAUAGAGGCGCGCAGGUGCGCUUCGCGAUCCACCCCGUUGCCGGGCGACUUCCCGGGCACAUGAACGUUUUGCUGGCUGAGGCGAACGUCCCGUACGACAUUGUCUUGUCCAUGGACGAAAUCAACCAAGACUUUCCUCAGACCGACGCGGUCAUUAUCAUUGGCGCAAACGACACUGUGAACCCUGCCGCGCAAAACGUGCCCGGAUGCCCCAUCUACGGAAUGCCCGUCCUAGAGGUUUGGAAGGCGAAGAAAGUCAUCGUGCUGAAACGGUCCAUGCGCGUCGGCUACGCAGGCGUUGACAACCCGCUCUUCUUCCAUUCAAAUUGCGAAAUGCUCUUGGGAGACGCGAAAGCGUCCCUGCAGAGCCUCAUUGCAGAUAUGGACAAACGCGAGCAACCGGGCAAAGACAGCCCUCUCUCGUCCGAAACUCAGACCAACAAAAGCGCCAGGAUCGCCGUCAACCUCUCAGGGGACGAAGCGCGCAAGCAGGACGGAACGCGGACUGGCCUUCUCACAGACAAACCUGAAACCGAGGGCGGAAACGCAGAAACGACGGCGCCAGCAGUGGCUCCAACUGCGGGGACGACACCCGCUGCUGAGACCCUCCCCCCGCUCUUCUUCGUCGGUGUGUUGCGGGAGCGCAGGCCGCUGGAGCGGCGCGUGGCCAUGACGCCGAGCGUGGUGAAGAUGCUUCGAGACCUUCAGCUGGGUUGCAUUGUUGAGAGGCACGCAGGCCUUUUGGCGGGGUUUCUGGAUGAGCAAUUCGUGGAAGCAGGCGCCUUUAUCGUCGACACGCCUGAGGAGGUGGUUCGUCUCUCGCGCGUGAUCGUGAAAGUGACGACUUACGACUGCGCAGAGAUCGCGCUGGCGAGGACAGCGACGAACCCACAGCCCUCCGAGAGCGCCGCCGACCCCCCGUUGCCGUCGCUUGUUCUUCCUGCCAAAAAGGAAGUCAGCGAGCGAGAUCGUCCCGCUCCGAAAGAAGACCGUGAAUCCCCCCUUCGCUCUUCGGAGAAAGUCUUUGUGGCGGGGUUCAUGGGACCCAACACGGCGACAGCACCGCGCGCGUCUGACACUGCUGGUAUGAGUUCCGAGGCUGUCUCGGAACUCUCGCAGGUGGAUGAGCUGCUUCGCGCCGCCGUGGCCGCGCCUGAUGUCACGCUCAUCUCCCUGGACGUCCUCCCUCGGGUGACUGUCGCCCAGAAGAUGGACGUUUUGUCGAGCACGGCGAAGCUCGCGGGAUACCGCGCGGUGGUAGAGGCGAUUUGGCACUGUGGCCGACUCAUGGGCCCGGAAAUCACCCCCGCAGGGAAGUACCCGCCCGCGAAAGUUCUCGUCGUUGGCGCAGGCGUCGCGGGUUUGCAGGCGAUUGGAGACGCACAUCGGCUGGGCGCAGACGUCCGAGGCUUCGAUGUGCGACUCGAGUGUAAAGAACAGGUGGAGUCGAUGGGGGGGCGGUUUCUGGCCAUGACGUUUGCCGACGAAGACGAAGGCCACGCGACGGCGGGGGGUUACGCGAAGCCGAUGAGUGAAGCGUUUAUCCGGAAAGAAAUGGAGUUGUUUGCCGAGCAGUGCAGAGAAAUCGACAUCCUCAUCACCACAGCCUCGCUUCCGGGCCGACGAGCCCCCAAACUGAUUAAAAAGGAACAUGUCGACACCAUGAAGGCCGGAAGCGUGAUCAUCGACCUCGCGGCGCCGACGGGGGGGAACGUCGAGGUGACGCGACCGGGGGAGACGUUCGUGUACAACGGGAAAGUCACAGUCGUCGGGUGGACAGAUCUCCCCUCUCGGAUGGCGCCGCAGGCCUCGGAGAUGUUCGCCCGCAACAUUUUCAACUUGCUCGAGCACAUGGGAGGCGGCCGAGCCUUCGCCGUCAACUUUGACGACGACAUCAUCCGCGCAAUCACCGUCGCGCGGAACGGGAAACAGACCUACCCGCCGCCGAGAAAAGAAACGGAGCCGGGGAACCCGAACGCGGGGAGUGCAGGGGCUCUGCUCACGCGCUCCGCCCCGGACCGCACACAAGAAAAUCCGACAAAAACCCGAUGGUUGCGAGUGCAGAGGAGCCUGAGCGGCAGAUGGCGAGGCAUCGUGGCGCCUCUGGACGUCCUCACGAUUCUCGGCAUCGCCGCCUUCACCGCACUCUUUGCAGCGACAGCUCCGCCUUCCUUCCCCCCGUUGCUCUUCAUCUUCUUCCUCGCCUGUUACGUCGGCUACCUCCUCGUCUGGAACGUCGCUCCUGCACUUCACACGCCGCUCAUGUCAGUCACGAACGCCAUCAGCGGAACUGUCCUCGUCGGCGGGAUGCUCGGCAUCAGCGCACGCGCGUACGAAACGUUCGACAAAGAAGCGAUUUGCCCUCACACCCACCUCGGACCCCUCCAGCCGUUUUACUGUCACUCGCGAGGCACGGCCGCGAUCGUCUUGAAUGCGGUCGCUAUUGCCGUUGCAUCCAUGAAUGUGUUUGGCGGCUUCGCUGUCACGCAACGCAUGCUCAACAUGUUCAAGAAGUCGAAGUAG